AUGAAGAUCGUGAUUGCCGGAUCAACUGGCUUCAUAGGCCAAGAACUCGUCCGCCAAGCGCUUCUGCACCCUCAAAUCGACUCAGUCGUAGCCCUUGCACGUCGCGAUCAUGAACUUCCGGAAGAUUUACGAAAGCCGGAAAUAGAGUCAAAGUUCACGUCUGUUAGCUGCUCCGACUUCAAGAACUACCCGCAGUACGUCAAGGAUGAGAUCGCUGGUGCAGACGCAUGUAUAUGGCUCAUCGGAGUCACACCUGGCAAAUUAAAACAGUAUACUUGGGACCAGGUCCGCAUGAUCUGCUACGAAUAUGCCCUCUACGCAGCCGACACCUUUGCGAAACUUCCACGCAAGGACAACCCAGAGCCUCUUCGAUUUAUAUACGUUAGCGGCUGCAACGCCGAACGAGACCCCACCAAGAAGCCAUGGUUCCUUGGAGACUACUGUCUCCUGCGCGGCCAAGUAGAGAAGCAGAUUAUCGAGCGUGCACAUUUGUCGGAUGGAAGAAUGCAGGUUCUCGUGACCAAGCAGGGUUUAGUCAGUGACCCCAACAUGGGCAUUGUGAAACAAGCAUUUCGUCUCUUCACAAACGUCAUUAUCAGUGUCCCAAGUAUCGGUAGGGCUGAGAUGAUGGCUGCGCUACUCGAUCAGGCUAUGACAGGAUUUGGGAAAGACACUUUAUCGAAUGCAGAACUAAUUGAGAUCGGUAAGAAGGCGUUGGAGAAGUCCAGUGUUGAGAAGUAA